GCUAGCCCUGGUUGUGUUGCUAAGAGCUCCACAAGCCAAAGACAGAGGAGUCGCAGCUGGAAACUAAGGGUUGCCUCUUCCAGGCAGGCAGGCAGGCACUAGCCCCCAUCUCCUGAAGCUGCCUACCAGCAGGGGCCCUGGAUAUCUCACACCUAGGCAUCAGGUCACAGAAACAUGAGCCAGGACACCAAAGUGAAGACAACAGAAUCCAGCCCCUCUGCGCCAUCCAAGGCCAGGAAAACACUGCCCGUCCUGGACCCAUCUGGGGAUUACUACUACUGGUGGCUCAACACGAUGGUCUUUCCAGUAAUGUAUAACCUCAUCAUCAUCGUGUGCAGAGCCUGCUUUCCAGACUUGCAACAUGGUUAUCUGGUGGCCUGGUUAGUGCUGGACUACACGAGUGACCUGCUAUACCUACUGGACAUUGUGGUGCACUUUCACACCGGAUUCUUGGAACAGGGCAUCCUAGUGGUGGACAAGGGUAGGAUUUCGAGUCGCUACAUUCGCACCUGGAGCUUUUGCUUAGACCUGGCUUCCCUGGUGCCCACAGACAUUGCUUAUGUGCGACUGGGCCCACACACACCCACCUUGAGGCUGAACCGGUUUUUGCGUGUAUCCCGCCUCUUUGAAGCCUUUGACCGCACUGAGACCCGCACAGCUUACCCCAAUGCCUUUCGUAUCGCCAAACUAAUGCUCUACAUUUUUGUGGUCAUCCACUGGAACAGCUGCCUCUACUUUGCCCUGUCCCGAUACCUGGGCUUCGGGCGUGAUGCCUGGGUGUACCCAGACCCUGCACAACCUGGCUUUGAGCGCCUAAGGCGCCAGUACCUCUAUAGCUUUUAUUUCUCCACACUGAUCCUGACUACCGUGGGCGAUACACCACUGCCGGAGCAGGAGGAGGAGUACCUCUUUAUGGUGGGUGACUUCCUGCUGGCCGUCAUGGGUUUUGCCACCAUCAUGGGUAGCAUGAGCUCUGUCAUCUACAACAUGAACACUGCAGAUGCAGCUUUCUACCCUGACCAUGCUCUGGUAAAGAAGUACAUGAAGCUGCAGCAUGUCAACCGCCGACUGGAGCGGCGAGUUAUUGACUGGUACCAACACCUGCAGAUCAACAAGAAGAUGACCAAUGAGGUGGCCAUCUUACAGCACUUGCCAGAGCGCUUGCGAGCAGAAGUGGCUGUGUCUGUGCACCUGUCUACUCUGAGCCGGGUACAGAUCUUCCAGAACUGUGAGGCUAGCCUGCUGGAGGAGCUUGUGCUGAAGCUGCAGCCCCAAACCUACUCACCAGGAGAAUAUGUGUGCCGCAAGGGGGACAUUGGUCGAGAGAUGUACAUCAUCCGUGAGGGUCAGCUGGCUGUGGUGGCAGAUGAUGGUGUCACACAGUAUGCCGUGCUUGGGGCAGGCCUCUACUUUGGGGAGAUCAGCAUCAUCAACAUCAAAGGAAAUAUGUCUGGGAACCGCCGCACAGCCAACAUCAAGAGUCUAGGUUAUUCGGACCUAUUUUGCCUGAGCAAGGAAGACCUGCGUGAAGUGCUGAGCGAGUAUCCAAAGGCCCAGACUGUCAUGGAGGAAAAGGGCCGUGAGAUCCUGCUCAAAAUGAACAAGCUUGAUGUAAAUGCUGAGGCAGCUGAGAUCGCCCUACAGGAGGCCACAGAGUCCCGGCUGCAAGGCCUUGACCAACAACUUGAUGAUCUACAGACCAAGUUCGCUCGCCUCCUGGCUGAGCUGGAGUCCAGCGCACUCAAGAUCGCUUAUCGCAUAGAACGGCUGGAGUGGCAUACUCGAGAGUGGCCAAUGCCUGAGGAACAGGUUGAGGCGGAUGAUGAAGGCGAGCCUGGGGGGGACACUUUUAAGGAUGGGGAGAGCAGAGCUGGCCAGGAGGGACUCCCAGGCCCAGAGUGAUACCAGCCUUAUACCUAGGACCCCCACCUCCAAGCGAAUCCAGAGUUAUAAGAAAGCCUGCCUGUAGAAACUCUGCCAUCCUAUCUGCUAGGUUACAGAGAUGGGAGUGAACUAGGUCUGUAGAUGCCCACCUGGAGAUGUAGGAGCAUAGUACAUGUUCAUCCCCUGCUCACCAACAUACCCACACACCCAUGCACACAUACUACAAUUACACAUACUGAGAGUAUGCAUUCCAUAUAACAUGCUCUGGAGUUUCCAUUCUCAGAGCAUACAUGCUUUCUCACAAACAUAGAUAUGUUUUAUACACACAUAAUAUGUACAUAUAUAUGCAUAUAUAUGUACAUAUGUACAUAUUCAGUCAUGUACCUCAAAAAUAAAUGUAUACAGACAGCCAUAUACCAGUAAACACACAGGUACCCUCCACAGGUGUGCACACAUUUGUAAAUACACAAAAGUAUACCGAGAACCCUCUUGUUCCAAGAUAUCUUUUGAAUGCCACCCAUAUGGGGUCACAAGUGUACCCUACAAGUUGCACUUCAAUAAAGUAUUUGCCUCCUCACUAAGCAUUUACAGGGCUGACUGGAAAAGGCUAUUGGCUUUAAUAGUGGGCAGGAGGAGUUCUCUCUGAAUUCUGAGUCACAGAGUAAUGAGCAUGGGCUGUGUAGUAACUGGUGGUUGGACUCAAAGGGGUUGGGGUACCUGAUGGACUGAGAAUCAGUACCGAGCCAAGGUAAAGCAGGCUGGUACAGCACCUUGCUGUAGUGUGUACAUGCAUCCAUAGGUAUAUUCACAUACACACACUGACCACUACAUCUCAUAGCAAGAGUGUAUAUCCUCAACCCCUUGAGCUAUGUGGGGUUUGAUCUAGCUUAGUGGGCUGGACCAGAUAUGUCUGCUCCUUUCUCCCUCCUCUGACCCCGCCCUGGAGCCUGGGGUCAGGGCUACCCUGCAUUUAGGACUAUUGCCAAGGGGAAACUAAUUCCCAGGACCACUCGCCUGACCCUGACCUACCAUGCCAGUUGCUGGAGCUGGCCUUGAUGCUGGCAGACACCCACCCCUAAUUCUCUAUACAGUGUUCCAAAACAUAGGAUGAAAAAUAGAGACUAGAUGGAGUGGAAUGUCAUGGUUGGGAACAACUGGAGAUGAAUGUUUGGAGGGUUUUGUCAUACUUGGAAGGUCUGCAGGUUUGGGCAGAGAAGGUGUUAUGGGGUCUGUGAGGAGGAGUCUGAUGUCAUCUCUGAAUCACACUCAUCCUAGUCACAACUGUAGCUUCUCUAAGGCCUGGCCAGUCUGUGUCUGAGAUGGGCCAGUUGGUAUUCUGACAUGUGCCUGGGACUUAAUUUAUCAAUAUGACCGAGUAAUGACACAGCAUGGUCAAUGCCAUUGAAAGAAAAAUUUAUUACUUACAAUUCCCAAGAGGGGGGCCACACUGCACCAUGCAGGACCACACACUGAAGAAUCAGGGUUAGUCAGGAGACAGGAGGUGUGAAGGGAAAUCAUGGGCAAAAAACAUCUUCAUUACUACACUGAUGAAGUUUUUUGGUGGGAAUAUCUCCUGUUAGGCAGGAAGCAAAACACAGAUCGUGGGGUUUGUGGUUGGAGGGUUCAUAAUAUGAUUUUCAAGCACUUAUAAAAGCUAAACUAGGGGGGAGAUAUAAAUAACUUUGGUCAUUAGUUUGGCCCAUGAUUUCAAGAUGUCAAACUACCAACUACCAAAUAUCAAGAAUGAUUAUUAUAGGUGAUACGAGAGAAUGUAGAGGGGACCACUCAGUGCUGGGAGGGUAGGAUGUGUGUAGCACAGCGGCUGAUGUGUGGUCCUGAGGACAACACCCCAGAGCUGUUGGUAUCUUCAAAGCUGACCAACCCUUUGGAUGUAGUGGAUGCAGGUGACACAGAUGCACUCAGACACAAAGGACGCAGAACAACACUUUCUCAAACAGCCAUAGGGACUGAGGAGGUAACUAAAGCCAGCAUGUCAGAAGAGAUGAUGAGGGGCAUUGCCCAUUAAAUUAGUU